AAGAAAAGUCAAAUAAACAUUAAUAGUGGAAAAUCAGUUACCAGAAUCUUGAAUUUAAAAAUAUUCUUUCAGUUUACAAUUAUUUUCUGUUAAAUAAAGAAAGAUUCAAUUCCCUCAAAGAUUCAAACAGAAUCUCGAGAAUCUCUCAGCCUUCCCCUUCUAUAAAAAGACUAACCUCUCUCUCAUUCUUCUUCAUUUCUAAACUCCACCAAUGUCGUCGACUCUCUCUUGCUCCGCCUCUGAUCUCAUCCCCUUACUAUCAGGCGGCGCCAACGCCACCGCCGCAGCCGCCGCGGCAGAAUUCAUCUGCGGGAGAUUCGAAACGAUCUCCGGCAAAUUCACCGACGCGUCUUACGCGAUAGACAACACUUACCUCCUCUUCUCCGCGUACCUCGUCUUCGCGAUGCAGCUCGGCUUCGCCAUGCUCUGCGCCGGCUCCGUCAGAGCCAAGAACACGAUGAACAUUAUGCUCACGAACGUCAUCGACGCCGCCGCCGGAGGCCUCUUCUACUACCUCUUCGGCUUCGCCUUCGCCUUCGGCUCUCCGUCCAACGGCUUCAUCGGAAAACACUUCUUCGCCAUGAGCGGCUUCCCGAAGGCGUCGUUUGAUUAUCCUUACUUUCUUUAUCAGUGGACGUUCGCCAUCGCCGCCGCGGGGAUCACCAGCGGGUCCAUCGCCGAGAGGACGCAGUUCGUUGCUUAUUUGAUUUAUUCGUCUUUCUUAACCGGGUUGGUUUACCCGAUUGUAUCUCAUUGGUUCUGGUCUAGCGACGGUUGGGCGUCUCCCGCUAGAGCUGAUAACCUUCUGUUUCAAUCAGGGGUGAUUGAUUUCGCUGGAUCCGGCGUCGUUCAUAUGGUUGGAGGGAUAGCCGGUUUGUGGGGAGCGUUAAUCGAAGGACCGAGAAUCGGCCGGUUUGAGAAUAGAGGUAAACCGGUUACGUUGCGUGGUCAUAGCGCGACGUUGGUUGUGCUUGGUACGUUUUUACUCUGGUUCGGUUGGUACGGGUUUAACCCCGGUUCGUUUGCGAUCAUUAACAAAUCUUACGGGACGUCUCCGGGAAGUUCGUUUUACGGACAGUGGAGCGCGGUCGGGAGAACAGCUGUUACAACUACUUUAGCUGGAUGCACGGCGGCGUUGACGACUUUAUUCGGGAAGAGAUUAAUAGAUGGUUAUUGGAACGUGACAGAUGUAUGUAACGGUUUGCUAGGCGGGUUUGCCGCGAUAACCGGUGGCUGCUCGGUUGUUGAACCGUGGGCGGCGGUUAUCUGCGGGUUUGUAGCUGCAUGGGUGCUAAUGGGAUUCAAUAAGUUAGCUGAUAAGUUGAGAUACGACGAUCCGUUGGAAGCGGCUCAGCUUCACGGUGGUUGCGGCGCGUGGGGGAUUAUAUUCACCGGUUUGUUUGCGGAUAAAACGUAUGUUUCGGAGGUCUUUGGAGGUGAUCCGAACAGGCCUUACGGGCUAUUGAUGGGAGGAGGUUGGAGGUUGCUUGCGGCGCACGUAGUGCAGAUUGUGGUGAUUACGGGGUGGGUUAGUGUAACGAUGGGGACUCUGUUUUUCGUGUUGCAUAAGCUGGAGCUGUUGAGGAUACCGUCGGAGGAUGAGGUCGCCGGGAUGGAUCCGACGAGUCAUGGUGGGUUGGCUUAUAUGUACACUGAAGAAGAGAUCAGGAAUGGGAUUAUGGUUAGGGAGAUGGGUCGUGAAAAUGAGAAUGUGUAAUUAGGUGUUCUUUAGUUACUUCAUUUUAAUAUAGCUACUCUUUGGUCUCUGAUUGUAUAUAUUUGCUCCUUUUGCAUUGGAGUAAAUUGUUUUAGUUUGGCUGUUUAUUUAUUUAUAUUUUGAUUUGUAUUAACCAUGAGUCCAUCACCAGCCACCAACACUGAAUUAGGGUAAAUCCUCAAAUAUCUAAAACGGUGUGUGCUAAUUUAAAAAUAAAAAGUUACAUAUUUAAUCGUUGAAAAUGAUGAACCUGAAUCAAAUCGCCGAAGAUAAUGAUCAAAAUAAUAAUAACUAGGAAAAUACCUUAAGAUACCACUACAAAAAUUUAUGUCAAAUAUAGAUUAUAAAAAUCAAAAUGACCAAAAUGUUUCAUUAAAGAGAUAAAUAAACAUUUAUAUUCCUAGAGUUAACUACUCCAAACUUUAGGUUUAGAGUUAAAGGAUGGAGAUUUGAGAUUGAGAUUUCAAAUUUUAUAAAAUUAAAAAUAAUUAUUAAAAAUAUGAAAAUAAAAAUUUUAAAAAUAGUUUUAAAAAGUAUUUUCGAAUUACAAAAAGAUAAUUUGAAAAAAAAAACGAAAAAAUGAAUUUUUUAUAAAAAAGUUCAAAUUUGAAAACAUAUAAUCUAAAACUAUAAAAAAAAAUUUAUUUUUUUACAUAUCUAGAGUAUUAUGGUCAUUUUACCUAUUAAAUGAAAUAUUUUGAUCAUUUUCCUUCUCGUAGUCUAUUUUUGUGACCAAAACUUGGAAAUAAUCUAUUUACGAGAAUGAUCCUAAUAAUUAUAGUAUAUAUUUACAAAAUUAGAUUUAGAUAUGUUGUGCUUUAAAGAAAACAUCGAGGCCAUCAGAGACUAGUUGUUAAAGUUAGUUUUCACAUGAUAAAAUUUUAUAUAAUUUGAAAUUACUGUCGUAAACACUAAUCUUUAAGAUUUUUAAGCAAUUCAAAAACACAUUUAAGUAAAUAAUUUGAAACAUAGUAACAUACUGAAUAGAGCAGCUAAAAAUCAUAUUAGGAGAAAGUUACGAGCCACGUGCGAAUAAGACACCAGUACAAUAGAUCCCAUGCAAAAAAGACGACAAAUAAAAAAGCAAAGUUAAAAACUACCACUCACAUGUGAAUUCGAAAGAUAUAUGCAAACAUGUGGCCAAUAUAUUAAUACAAUAGAAUACAAUAUGGAAAGAGCGAAAAAUAUAUUAUGCAGAAAAUGGUUUUCACUAUCAAAUAUUUUACAAUUUUCAAAACAUAAUUAACAAUAACAAAGACUGAGAACUGACAAUGUUUCCCUAUAAAUUUUUUAAAAUUUCCAUUUAUGUGUAUAAUUGUUUUAAAAGGAUGUAAAACGUAGGUGUUAUUUUGUAGAUAAGGAUUACUUUUUUUUUUUU